AUGUCGGAUGGGCUAGGGAGGGCGCGUAGUGCUGAAUCCAGCAGUGAUCCGAAUCUGCCUCAUGCCCCCGGCCUUUCCCCACUCGCCAGCCCGCGCUCCCAGCACAUGCGCAGUUCAUCGCAACUUCUGUCCCCUCGAAUUUCCGAUUUGGUGCGAGAUUCAAAGCUAGAAACCCACUUUCUACCCGACAGCAGCGUUGAGACCGUGCAUACCUACCAUGAACCGGACUACAAAUCUCGACGUCGACUCGUGUCUAGAUCCGAACACUGGAGAAGGUAUAGGAAAAUUGGUGGUGGGAGUUAUGGCAGUGUCUGGCUGGAAAAGUGCACCAAAGGAGCGCGACAGAAUGAACUGCGCGCCAUCAAGCAGAUGGAGGUACGCCGACAAUCGACACGGGUGGAUUAUUAUCGGGAGUUGAAGGCUAUAGCGAAAUUCUCGCAUUGGAAAUACGAGCGUGCCUUUGUCAAAUCGUUCGGUUGGUACGAGAGUCCCGAGUACUUGUUUAUCGCAAUGGAAUACCUGGAGUUAGGCGAUCUUCAUACAUACCUGCACCAGAAACCGGCGCUACCAGAACACGAGGCGAAGGAAGUCACAUUUCAAAUCCUGGAUGGUCUAUUUUUGAUGCACGACAAUGAAUUUGCACACCGUGAUAUGAAACCCAAAAAUGUCCUGAUCAAAUCGUGUCCUCCAGAUGAGUGGUGGGUCAAGAUAGCGGACUUCGGCAUCAGCAAACGGAUCGAAGGUGAAAUUGGACAGUCGUCAAUGUUGAAGGGGACGCGUGGAUAUAUUGCGCCCGAGCUGUACGGUUUCGUCAAGCGUGGCAGCCCAUAUGCACCGGACCUUUGGGCGGUCGGAGAAAUCGCAUUCCAAAUGCUCACCAGGCAAUCGUCGAUUAAGAACCUCGGCGUGCUUUCUCAAUAUAUGAACAAUCUCCAGAUGUUUCUGAUCGCGACUGGCGUCAGCCAGAGCGGUCAGGAAUGCAUGUUCUCUCUAUUGCAUCCGGAUCCUACUCUCCGCGCAACAGCAGAGAUGGCCCUGCAACAUACGUGGUUCAACGAGGCUCCUAUAUCCCGUCAGGGGUCAGUACGAUCGGCGCGCAACGCAUCGCCUCCAGCUCCUGUGGCUGAUCAAGAAACCGAAGAGCUCGCAACGUGGAAUACUCUUGCCACCCAUGAGUCAGAGAGCAGCUCUUCCAAUCCCAACCAGGAGACUCCGAUGGGAACAUGGAACACUGAAGUUGACCGCGGAAUUGGGGUUGGCAUCGACCCCCGGCUGCUGUUCCCUUUUCCAGGAGAAGGAGAGACGAAAUACGAUCCCGUGACGGGGAAAUUCAGUCUUGUCGUAGAUCAAGAAACCGAAGAGCUCGCAAAGUGGAAUACUCUUGCCACCCAGGAGUCAGAGAGCAGCUCUUCCAAUCCCAACCAGGAGACUCCGAUGGGAACAUGGAACACUGAAGUUGACAACGGAAUUGGGGUUGGCAUCGACCCUCGGCUGCUGUUCCCUUUUCCAGGAGAAGGAGAGACGAAAUACGAUCCCGUGACGGGGAAAUACGUCUUGUCGUAG